AACGCAGUGGCCCAGUGGUAGUUUGGCAGUACUGGCGCAUAACCUUGUCCGACGCAAGCAAAUGAUCAACGUGCCCCUUACAUCAUGCCUGAACCACAUGGACUGCCUCCAAACGAUAAAUAAAGCAAGGGCAACCGCACCGCCAUCCACACUCCUACAUCCGCAACCACCACCAAAAUGACCACCACCGCACUCACCCCCACCUGGACACCAGCAGCGUCCCUCCCCGCGGCCUUCGAGGUCCACAACCCGGACUUCCUCAACCUAACCGGCCUGCACCCCACCCUCAGCAUCCUGACCACAAACCACAACACGACCACCGCCUUCGCCCACGAAGCCCCGAUCUACAUCCCCCAACCCCGAACCCUGUACAUGACCAGCAACAUCCUCACGGACCCGCACACCAACACCAGCACCAUCCAAAUCUCGAAGCUCAGCCUCGACGACCCCCCACCCCUCACCGCCCAACUCAUCACGCCCACCCCGGCCAUCCCCCACCCCAACGGCGGCCACGCCUACAACAACAACCACGAAAUCGUCUUCUGCGGCCAAGGAGACGAGGACCCCGCCCACCCGGCAGGCCUCUACACCCUCUCCCUAACCAACAGCAACAACAACAACUACACCAGCAGCCCCUUACUCACCAGUUUCCAAUCCAGACCGUUCAACUCCCCCAACGACGUAGCCAUCCACCCCGCCGACGGGAGCAUCUACUUCACCGACCCGGAUUACGCCUACAUCCAGGGUCUGCGGGGUGCGGAGACGGCCCCCCGGCUCCCGAACCAGGUGUACCGCUACGACCCCGCCACCAAAGCGGUCCGCGUGGUCGCGGACGGGUUCGACAAGCCGAAUGGCAUCUGCUUUGCGCCCGGGGGCCGCACGGUGUACGUUACGGAUACCGGGGCGGCGCGGGGCGAUGGCACGGUGGAUUUGACCAGGGCGGCCACUAUAUACGCUUUCGAUGUCACGGCGAUCAACGGGGAGCCGUUUCUGGUGAACCGGCGGGUGUUUGCGAUGGCGGAUGAGGGCGUACCCGAUGGGAUUAAGGUGGAUAUUCACGGGAAUGUGUAUGCCGGGUGCGGGGAUGGGGUGAAUGUUUGGUCGGCGGGCGGGGUGUUGUUGGGAAAGAUUAGGGUGGAGGGGGGGGUGGCGAACUUUGUGUUUGGGGAGGCUGGGGAAAUGUUCUUGAUGGGGGAGACGAGGGUUUGGGUGGUGAAUUUGGAUGGGAGGGUUCGGGGGGCUUAA